UUGUCUACUGUAUAGCCAAAGAACAGCGUUCUGAACGUCUGCCCUGUGACUUCCUGGUCCUCCUGUUUUAUAAAUACGGGAGCCGAGUCGGGAUACCAGGGAGUCAGAGAGCACAGUGCCAGGAGUCCCCACAUCAGCUCCGCCUGCCACCGGGAAGAUGAAGGUCCUCGCAGCUGCGCUCCCUUUCCUCAUUCUUGCUACUGCCCUUGGAGCCCAGGCCCAGAUCCUACAACCCAAGGUGGCGAUACAUCCGCAUGAACCCUCAAUACAUCUGGAAGGCUUUCACAGUCCCGCUGACUGCUGCACCGCCUACACUUCACGGAAAAUCCGAUGUGCAAUCAUGAAAGAUUAUUUUCAAACAAGCAGUGGAUGCUCCCAGCCAGGUGUCAUCUUCCUUACCAAGAAAGGGCAGCGUGUCUGUGCCAACCCCUUUGAUUUGGGAGUUCAGGAUUGCAUGAGGUCCCUGAAGUCGAACCUAAUGACACAGACCUGAGAAAAAGGAAGCUUGAGGAGAAGGGACACUAGGUGCCAGCCACCCCUACCUCCACUUCUCCUGUCCCAACUCCCUUCUGGGAUUUUCUUGGCCUGAAUUACUUUUCUAAGAAGCAACAAUCACUGUUCUUUCUGUUCUGAUUAUAAAAAGCAAUGCAUUAAUAAAGAGUAUCCAAUGUAGCUUUCCUUGAACUUCAAGAGGAAAAAGAAACUUUAGGAAUUGCUGAAAUUUGGAUUGUGUUCUUUUUGGAAAUGAAACAUAAGAGAAUUUUUAAAAAGCAUUCAAACUCAUUUAAACAUAGAUUGAAUAUGUAUCCAAAAGGUCCUAAUCUAUUUAAUGAGGAAACCAUAAAACAGAGUCAAAGAUCAUCUGAAAUGUUAAGUCAGGGGAAAACAGAGUAAUAUCCUGUAAGACAAUAUAACUGUGACUUUGGAGAUUAUCUUAUCUACUAGACAAAAAUCACUUACAUCUGUGCUACAUAAAAAUUUGCUUGUUAAAGUAAUUUCACAAAGUCUGGGGCCCCAUCAAUAGUAAGUUGAACAUCACUCAAGAGCACACUCCCCCUAUAGAUUUAGGAGCCCUGGGUGGGCCUUUUGGACAAUGUUCCAAAUGACAUUGGAAGAUCUGUCAGCAGUCAUCCUUUUUCUGCCUUAUUUCCACAUUUUGGAUGUUUUCUCUCAAUAAAUAUAACUUCCUAAAAGGUUUCCUCUUUAAAGGUAAAGGACAUUAAGACAAGCAUUUAAAGUUGGAGUAAACAUCAAUUUUACAUUCACAUCCAUUAAAGCAUAUAUGUUUAUAUUUGUAAUUAAUAAAUCUAAGCCAACUGUCUCAAAAUUCAGAAGAAAACACUGAGUUCUAAAUGCUGAAUUCUAAACAACAACAAAACAUUUUUUUUAUUCCAAAAAAUUUAAAACCUAUGCUUACUUUGUGGGUGCUUUGCCAUUAAAAAAUAAUUAAUAACCAAAUAUCCUCUAUAAUAAUAAACUCUAUUAGAAGAGA